AUGGACGUUGGCGCCAGCGAAACUCCAGAGCCAGAUGCGACGUCGCGUACCCGCCGUUCGGGACGCGUCGUCAAAGCGCCGGCCAAGUACGCGCCGGAACCAACCACCACCGUAGCUUCGAAGCGCAAGAGAGGGGGGCAAGAAGCCAACGACGACGAAAACGGCCUCUCAUCGGAUGAGCCAGCCAGCGACGACAGUGGCGACGACAGUGGCGACGACAACUCGAGCGAUCAAGAUCAUCCCGCCCCGAGGUCGCGAAAACCCGCCAGCCGCGCCAAGAAGCCCUCCAACAAGAAGCCCAAGAUCAAUGGCACGCAGCCGGCUGGGCUUCACCAGGUCUCCCACAUCCCUAGCCGACCGAAAAAGACUGUUAGAAUCGACGCUGGAGAGAAGGGUUCCGGCCUGUUUGCCGAUAUUUUCGGAUCCGGAGACUCUUCAGACUCCGUCGCCCAGCAAUGGUUGGAAAGGCACAAGGCUGAUGGCCCUUCUGCCUUGGCAGAUCUCAUCAACAGUAUCCUCCAAUCUACUGGCUGCGAUUUGCAAGUUACUGUCGAUGAUGUUGGCGACCCGGAGAAUAUCCCCAAUAGGCUGGUAGACCUGCAAAACGUUUAUCAAGAGCAACAAAUCACAGACUACCCGUUGAUAUCCAAGGCAAAAAGCACAAGGUCCUUUCGCGAUAUGCUCAUCGGCUUCUAUCACUCACUGGUCCAGUUGCUGCACGAAACUGAUGUCAUGUACAAGGACACCGACCUGAUGGACAACCUGCAUGCUUGGCUGGCGAGCAUGUCAUCCUCGUCCUUGCGGCCUUUCCGCCACACGGCAACGACCAUUGCCUUGGCCGUCGAAACCGGCCUGGUAGGCGUUGCGAGCAUACUCGAUCGGAGAAUAGCAAACAUCGAGCAGCAGCUUCAGGCAGCCAAGAGGGGCAAGAACAAGGCCAAGUCGGCGGAGCUGCAACGGACCUUGAACGACGCCAAUGGCUAUCGCAAGAUCUGCAGCGAAGGCAUCCAAUCUUUUUUCGACACGGUGUUUGUGCACCGAUACCGCGAUGUAGAUCCCAAGAUUCGCACCGAAUGCGUAGACGCACUCGGCACCUGGAUCCUGGGUCUGCCGACCGUCUUCAUGGAGCCAGGCUGUCUGCGAUAUCUGGGCUGGAUGCUGUCCGACACCAACGCGUCCACUCGGCAGGAGGUGCUGAAGCAGCUGCUCAAGGUCUUUCGGCGCGACGCACAGCAACUCGGCCAUUUCAUAGACAGAUUCCGCCCGCGCCUGAUCGAGAUGGCCACUCUCGACUCGGAGAUAUCCGUGCGCGUCACCGCCAUCUCCGUGAUUGACACUCUGAGAUCGGCCGCCAUGCUCGAGCCAAACGAAAUCGACGCGAUUGGAAAGCUCAUCUUUGACACGGAGCUGCGCAUCCGCAAAGCCGUCGUCGGCUUCUUUGUCGCCUGCGUCAACGACGUCCUCGAGGGAAAGAAGGAAGAGAUUGGCGGAUCCGAGGUGCUGGAGGAGCUGGAUGACGUUGAGGACGACGAUUUCGAGACUCCGCGGAGAGAAUGGAUCAACAUCAAGUGUCUCGCCGAGACCCUGGCAAUCUACGACGCUCAGAUUGAGGAGGGACAUCAUCAUCAACAACAACAGCAACAACAACAACACCACGACGGCAUAGCCGGCUUUGACGCCACCGUGGAGCUCUUGACCGGUGCCAAAACAGACACCAGAAUCUCUCUCGCGGCGCAGGCACUGUACGAAAAGGUGCCGGAAGUAAACACCUGGGAGAUGAUUGCCGGCUACCUUCUCUACGACCACACCACAAGCGCCAAGUCAAACUCAACGUCCAAAGCAAAGGAAACAUCCCCGGAGGCAGCCUUCAAGAAGGCCGUUGUCCCUACUGCCGAAGAGGAAUCCAUCCUUCUCGACAUCCUCAGCUCCGCAGUCAAAUCCAGCCUGACCCUGACGGCCGACCACGACAAGGGCAAACGGCGACUAGGUCGAUCCGAGGCAGCCGAGGCCCAAGAGGAAGUCGCCCUCGAGCUGACCACCACCAUUCCGCGGUUGCUGAGCAAGUUUGGGGCCGAGCCAAAGACGGCCGCAAUUGUACUCCGUCUCGAGAGGUUUCUCAACCUCGAUACGUUUCAGCAACUUCGUCAAGACACUAGCAAGUUGGAGAGGCUCCUUGACGAAAUCACCACCCAGUUCAACAGACACGACGAUAAGAGAGUCUUGUCCGAAGCCACCGCAGCUCUCCUGCACGCCCGUCAGCACGAAGAGCUGGAGGAGUUGACGGACGGCAAGAUCUCACUGCUAUGGGAGAAUGCCCUCAACUCGCUCCGCAACUUUGAACGGUCCUGCGAGCUGGCUGUCCGCGGCAAUCUGCCCCAAGCGCCGCUGCGCGAGCUGUCGACUGUCCUGAUGAAGAUUAGCAAGCUCGCGAGUAUAUCGGAUUGCGUCGACGUCCUGGAAACCCAGUCGCAACCGUCAGACGCCGGCUCCUCCGCCAUCCAGCUCCUGAGCAACAUUGUGCAUCGCGGCAAGUUCGAGCCUCAGGAAGACGAGAUUGACGACCUGGAAGACGAGGUGGUCACCUUUGCCAUCAAGGCGUGCCAGUUCUACUUUAUGUGGAAAACGAGAGCCCUGGCCAAGCUCCUGUCAGCGGGCACAGGCCUGUCCGACCAGCACCUGGACGAGCUGUCCGUGCUGCGCCAGUCGUACAGACGGCACCUGAUUGAGACCUUUUCCUCCCGCGCCGCCAUUGACCAGCUCCGGCUCUUCUCCACCGGCAGUCUCUGCGACCUCCACCUCACCCUCGCCACGCUGCGGCCCUGCAUCAAGGACUUCCGACCGGCAUCCGAAGCCGCGGCCGACCGCGGCGACAAGCUGCGGGUCCUGCUGCAGGACAUUGAGCCCGGCCUCGUGCCCGAGCUGAUUGCCAUCUUUGACGGCGCGGAAAAGCAGUACGCCAAAAAGGCCAAGCGGGACAAGACGCUCAACGAACCCGCCGAGGACGAGGACCCCGUGUCGGACGACGAGGACCUCGCCGCCGACGACGACGACGACGACGACGACGACGACGCCGGCCUGUCGCAGGAGGAGUGCUACGCGACCGAGCUCCAGGCCGAGCGGGCCUUUUGCGAACUAGCGGCCAAGUACGUCCUCGCCAUCGCGGCCAAGCUCAUCGACCGCGGGCCCAUGGCCAGCAAGCUGCGCCGCAGGAUCCUGCGCAACGAGACCAAGCUCGGCAACAACUUCAAAGAGGUGGUGGCGUACCUGGACGAGGAGAAAAUGGCCAGGCGGCACAAGAAGCCCGCCCCCAGCAGCAAGCCGCCGCAACCGGCAAAGGACAGGCCGGCCCCGGAGACGAACGCGGGCGACGAAAACGACGGCGGCGGCGUGUUUGAUGACGCGGAGCCCGAGGAAGGCUCGCGGGAGGACCUGCGGCGGCGAGAGCUGCUGGAGGACGAGGCCGUUGACGAGGGAGACGAUGCCGCCGUCGAGCUGAAUAACGAGGAUGACGAUGAUGAUGAUGGUCUAGGCGAUUAA